ACAGACUCAGGACUGAUACUUGAAGAAGAACUUUUUAUGACUAUACCAUGGAAACGGCCUUACCUAACGUUUUUGUGAAGGAGAAACUUAUAGGUGGCUACGAUCAAGUUAUUCAGUUGUCUAAGGAUGGUCUUUUCCAGAAACUGCUGGAAGGUAAGGAAGAUAAACCCAAAGAGGACACCUAUGAUUUUGACCUUAUCGUUAUUGGUGGCGGCUCUGGAGGUCUAGCAGCUUCUAAGGAAGCGGCAAAGUACGGCAAGAAAGUGUUGGUACUGGAUUACGUCAUCCCAUCUCCUAUAGGAACCAAAUGGGGUCUUGGAGGCACAUGCGUAAAUGUGGGCUGCAUUCCCAAGAAGCUAAUGCAUCAAGCAGCCCUAUUGAGACAGGCUUUAAAAGAUUCAAACAAAUAUGGCUGGCAAAUUGAAGAUAAUGUGCAACACAAAUGGGAGAUAAUGACGAAGUCAAUCCAAAACCACAUUCGCUCUCUGAACUGG